UGAUAUCAACUACUCUAUAAAUAGCCAGGAUCUGGUCACUGCAUUAGCGCACACAGCUUGAACGAAAGAGCCACAUGCUUUUUACUCUCCUCUAGACAAAAUUAGGAGUUUCUGUUUUAGUUCUGUGCAACAAUUAGAAUGAACAAGCCCAAAAUUGUCAGACCUGAGGCGAGCCAGCCAGCACACGCGGUGUGGUUUGACAGAAAGAAAUAUGUGACCAUCAACUUUAUGGUUCAGAGACCUAAAGAUGUCCAGGUUGAUAUCCAGCCAGACAAAAUGAUUUUAUGUUGCAAAAACGAAACACACGAUGUGUUCUACAAUGAGCUGCACUUCUAUGAGAAAGUCCAAAUCAAUGACUCUAGAGAAAGAGUCUAUGACCGCACCAUCAAUGUCUUGCUAAGGAAGGUGAAGCCUGAUUAUGCGUGGCCUCGUCUCCAGAAAGACUCUGCUAAACCCAGUUGGCUAUCAGUAGACUUUGAUAACUGGAGGGAUUGGGAGCAUGAAGACAGUGAGGGAAAAGAAGAGUAUGACAGAUACAUGGAUAUGAUUCAAGAAAUGGCUGCAGGUAAUAAAGGAGAAACACCGGAUAUGGGUGAUCUUAGUGAUUCUGACUGAGAUUUACAACGCCUUCUUUAUUGUGUUGGAGGCAAGGUCACCCAGGAUACUGCAGACAAUGCUAUGUUUUCUGAA